AUGGCAGCCAACGUCCCCCCGUCCGCUGAGACUUUACUCAGCGGUGCCGCCGCUCACCCGCCGAAAACCGCUGAAGAGAUCGCCAACCAAUAUGACCUCCUGCCCAAGUUGAUCCCCUAUCUCGACCGCCAUCUGGUUUUCCCGCUGCUCGAAUUCAGCUCCGGCCAGGAUGAUGAUAAGGAGGUUGUCCGUGCGAAGUAUGAGCUGCUCAAGCAUACCAACAUGACCGACUAUGUCGCCAAUUUGUGGAAGGAAAUUAACAACUCCGACACCAUCCCCGACGAGUUCGUGAAGAAGAGAGAGGAGGUCCUCGCCAAGCUGGAAAACUAUCAGGAGGAGAGCUCGAAGAUUACCGAGUUGCUGCAGGAUGAGGCUGUUGUGGGUAACUUGCGGAGCGACAAGGUUGCCAACUUGAGAUUCCUCGAGGAGCAGCACGGCGUCACCCUGGACAUGGUCAACAGCCUCUACGACUACGGUCGGUUCCAGUACAGCUGCGGUAGCUACGGCACCGCCGCCGAACUGCUCUAUCAGUUCCGUGUUCUGUCCACCGACAACGACAAGGUCGCCUCCGCCACAUGGGGUAAACUCGCCUCGGAGAUUUUGACCACCAGCUGGGAGGGUGCCAUGGAGGAAGUCCAGAAGGUCAAGGAAUCGAUCGAAACCCGGCUAUUCAACAACCCUCUGGGUCAGCUCGAGAACCGCUCCUGGUUGAUCCACUGGUCUCUCUUCCCCUUCUUCAACUACGACCCCGCCCGCGACGUCCUGACCGACCUCUUCUUCUCCCCCGCCUACAUCAACACCAUCCAGACCAACUGCCCCUGGAUUCUCCGGUACCUCGCUGCCGCCGUGAUUACCAACCGCAACCGUGCCCACAAGAACAGCAGCGCCUAUCAGAAGCAGUUGAAGGACCUGAUCCGGGUGGUCCGCCAGGAGGGCUACGAGUACUCGGACCCCAUCACCGACUUCGUCAAGGCGCUCUACAUCGACUUCGACUUUGAGGAGGCCCAGAAGAAGCUGGGUGAGGCUGAGGAUGUGCUGCGCAGCGACUUCUUCCUGGUUUCGGCCGCCGACGCCUUUGUUGAAGCUGCCCGCCAUCUGAUCUCUGAGAGCUACUGCAAGAUCCACCAGCGGAUUGACAUUAAGGACCUCUCUACCCGCCUUGGACUGAACCAGGACGAGGGUGAGAAGUGGAUUGUGAACCUGAUCCGUGACACCCGGGUCGAUGCUAAGAUUGACUACAAGGAGGGCACGGUCAUCAUGAACCACCCUCCCCAGUCGGUGUAUCAGCAAGUCAUUGAGAAGACCAAGGGCGCAUUCUUCCGGACGCAAGUCCUGAGGUGA